AUGUUUGUUGGUAUCGACUUGGGUGGCACUAGCGUCAAGGUCGGCCUUGUCUCGCUCGAAGGCAAGAUGCUCUUCCGCGCGCAGCGCGAGAUCUCGGACCGCGAACCGGACGCCGUCAUUGCGCUCUGCGCGGCGCUCGCGAAGGAGUGCGUCGCCGACCAUGGCUCCAACUGGACACACGUCACGAGUGUCGGCGUUGGCUGCCCGGGCCAAAUCUCUUCGGGUAUCGUGCACGCGGCCGCCAACUUUCCCAACUGGAAGGACGUGCCGCUGCAAGAGUCGCUCAAGACGAGCCUUGGUGUGCCCACGAUCCUCGUCAACGACGCCGAUGCCGCCGUCGCGGCCGAGCACUGGGUCGGUGCCGCUGCCAGCACCAAGAACUUUGUCAUGCUGACGCUUGGAACCGGCGUCGGCUUUGGUAUCGUCAACAACGACGAGAUCGUGGCCGGUGGCACGGGCUGCAUUGAAGGCGGCCACAUUAUCAUGGUGCCGAACGGCCGCCUCUGUGGGUGCACGCAGCGCGGGUGCCUCGAGCAGUACAGCUCGGCGUCGGCGCUCAUUGGCCAAGCCAAGCUGCGCGCGUCGUCGUCGGAAGUCAUGACGCGCCUCGCGAGCGUCCCGAUCGAGACGAUCACAGCCAAGAUGGUGUUUGGCUUUGCCGACGAAGGCGACGACGUCUGCAACGAACUCGUGGCCGAGGUCGCCGACUACCUAGGUCUCGCGUGCGUCAACUUUUGCCGGACGCUGGACCCGGAAAUGAUUGUGUUCUCGGGCGGCCUCGCCGAGGCGGGCGAGCCGUUCAUGCAGCGCAUCCGGGAUGCGUACAACAAGUACACGUGGACGCGGCUGCCCAAUCCCGUCGUCAUUGAGAAGGCGUCGGUCGGGUACGACUCGGGCAUCAUUGGCGCCGCCGCCUUUGCCUUCCGCAUGAGCUCCAAGCGCUUCAUUUCCAGCCACUUUUAA